AACUGUCGUUUGAGAAUCAUGGUGCGGCCUGGACUCUCCGCCGCUGCUGAAGAGCGGCAGAGAAAGCUGCAGGAGUACCUAGCAGCCAAGGGAAAACUGAAGUGCCAAAACACCAAGCCUUACCUGAAAGCCAAGAAUAAUUGCCCAAAUCCUCCACCUUCUAAAUCUACUAUUGGACCCAAAAAGGAUGUUACCAACCAUGUUGCCUUGCCAGUCAAAGCUACAAGAUCCAUCAGCAUUAAACUGCAGUCCAGACCUGCCAAUAUCACCAGGUCUCAGAGACCAAAGUUGGAGCCACCAAAACUAGGUAAAAGGCUCACUUCAGAAAGUGUUUCUUCUAACCCAAACGGUAAGCCUCCUGGCAGUAGUCAACAGCUGCAUGGAUUUGGAUCGUCCACUGAUGGAGAACAGCCAAGAGAAACCAUGGGAUCACUUAAUAUACAGGAACUGAAAACUACAAAGCAGCAGGUAACAGAUCAAAGAAUUGCUAAACGUACAGACCCUGUGGACAAUACACAUGUUGAAAAUGAAUCCCUGGGUGGCUGUCUAAAGGAGAUGAAUAAAGAGAACUUGCCCCAAGACUUACCAGACUCUGAAAGGAAGCCAAAUCCUGAAUCCUGGACCAUAAAUAAACCCAAAACAAAUCAAACCAAAAGCACUUUGGCUCCUACCAGAGAAGUCUUGGGCAAAAGCUCAGGGAACGGUGCUGCUCUGACACAGAGAGUUAGGAAACCAUUUGUUGAAGAAACACAAACCAGGGUUCCACCAGGGAAGUCUCAGCAACUCUCUAGAGGAGCAGACCUUAUAAGACCAGGGGGGAAACCCCCCAAAACCCUUCCCUCUCACUUUGUCCAGACACUUAAUAGAUCUCAAGCCACAAAGAAAACAGUGGUUAAGGACAUAAAGGCUGUAAAGGUUAAUAGAGGUAAGUAUGAAAGACCAAAUGAAACUAAGUUACAGUCAUACACUGUUGCUGAGCAGAAAGUAAAACACAGCAAACCCAGUACGCACCCCAAUGUGCUUCAAGGAGGAUGUAACCACAGACAUCCAAACAUUAAGCAAGAUCAUAAAACCACUCAGUCUUGUUGUAGACCUCAGACAUCAUAUGCACUGCAGAAAUCAAAAGCCAUAAGCCAAAGGCCAAAUUUGACUGUUGGCAGCCUUAACUCCAUCAUUCCAAACACCCCUAGCAUCAGAGCAAAUGGAGCCACUGGGCAUAAAUGCAACACCAGCUGUCAGCAAAGAGCACGGACUUUGGACUCCAAGUUCAAAAGCGCUCCUCCCCAGAAUUGUUUUCUAAACAAGACAGCUCCCCGGAUUCAAGCUGGUGGCCCAACCGUAAGUGGAAGAGGAGUCCCAGAUGGGGCGCAAACUAAUCCACGUCAGAAGAUUGCAGCAGAGGAUCGAAGGAAACAGUUGGAAGAAUGGCGGAAAUCUAAAGGAAAAAUCUAUAAACGGCCUCCUAUGGAGCUUAAAACAAAAAGAAAAAUAAUAGAGGAAAUGAAUAUUUCAUUCUGGAAGAGUAUGGAAAAAGAAGAGGAAGAAAAGAAAGCACAACUUGAACUGUCCAAUAAAAUUAACAGCACUCUGACAGAAUGUCUGCAGCUCAUUGAAAGGGUGAGUGAGAACGAUAAUCUUCCAAGCUUUUCCAAGUCUUAGGGUUUUUAAACACUUUUCUUAAGUAUAGUUUCGGGGAGAUAACCUCUGUCUAAGCAGAAAUUUAGCUACUCCUUUUAACAAGGAGGAGUGAUAGUAAUAAUAAUAUACAUACUUAAAUAAUGGCUCCUGGUAUGCUAGGUACUGUUCUAAGCACUUCACUUAUAUUAUCUCAUACAAUUAUCAUAACAACUAUUACUAUAUUCACUUUAUAAAUGAAGCUG